AUGGGGGCGACGAUCGCCACCCUGGCUUAUGUUCUCCGGCUCACAGGGCCACUUAAUCUCACAAACACACACCUGGUCCUCACAGGCAGGGGCAGCUGCGGGGGCUUCACCGAGGGCCCCACCCCAGGCCCAGGCACAGACCGCUGCCCUGACCCCCAGGAGCAGGAACCGGGCGGAGAGCUCACCAGCUUAGUCUCCCACUGCUUCACAAAUCACACACACCGGUUCAGGGAGGAGAAGGCAACUUGGCUCAAUGAGAGUCAGAAAUUGCGGCUCUGGUGUCAACCUGGGUUUCCAGGCCUCAAGAUGUCACAGCACUGGAACAGUCUUUCCCCCAGCUCCCAGGGUGACACCACGAUCCCCCGUCAAGGGGGACGUGCAGUCACAGGAGGGAUGGACAGACAGACCGGACAAACCAGCCGCACGGCCACCGUGUCAGCAAGCCAGGGCCACGCCCGAAGGACCUCAGGAGGGACGGGCCGAGUGCAGGGCAGCCAGCCCUUCAGUGACGCCGAUGCUCCCUGGACUCUGAGAACAGCUGGCCUGGAGGCCUGCUCCUUGGGGCCACUGCCCAGCCUGUCGCCUGUGUGGACCACAUGGCUUCUAGCAGAUGCUGGGGACGCCUGUGAGACGCCAGGCCCAGCCGGACGAGCAGAGCGGAGGAUGGUUCACUGGGCCGGUGAACUCCAGCUCACCCGGGACACGAGGCCCGGGAUCUUGCCCUGGUGGACGUCACCCGGGAGGUCUCGCAGGGACUGGACAGCCCACGGCGCUGUCGUCUAUGAGAGCCCGAGAGAGCGCACAGAAGGGGCGCUUGUGCGGGUCAGCGAUGUUCCAGCCCUGCCCACCUUGGGUCCUUCCUGGGCCCUGGGACUCGGGCGGCACUGGGUGAAGAAGGACUGA